AUGGCAAGCCAUAGCAUAGCUGUGCUGCUUUGUGUUACGAUCCUAGCGGCUUCUGUGUCUGCUAGUGUUUCUGCAACCAACAGAAAGGUUGGUAUAUAUGAGCUCAAAAGGGAUGACAUCUCUGCCAACUUCACCAACUGGGGUGCAACCAUCAUCUCUCUUCUUCUCCCUGACAGACAUGGAAAGCUUGCUGAUGUGGUUCUUGGGUAUGAUUCAGUCAAGGAUUACAUGAAUGAUACAUCAUACGUUGGUUCUAUUGUUGGAAGGGUUGCUAACCGAAUUGGAGACGCCCAAUUCAAAUUGAAUGGAACCCUCUAUAAACUAGUUGCUAAUGAGGAGAAAAAUAUGCUUCAUGGUAUGUGGCAAAAUAGGUUCAGUAAUGUUGUUUGGAAAGUUAAAAGACAUCAUAAUAAAGGUCCUUCUCCCUACAUUAUCUUCACUUAUCGCAGCUUCGACGGCGAACAAGGGUUUCCUGUUGAUCUCCUAGUCACAGUUACAUACUCCCUCAUUGGAGACAAGCAAUUGAGUGUAUCAAUGAAAGCUAUUGCUCUAAACAAACCCACACCUGUGAGCCUGGCUCAACACAUAUACUGGAACAUUGGAGGCCACAAUAGCGGUGAUAUCCUAUCCAAUGAAAUCCUGAUCUUUGGAUCCCAUUUCACUCCCGUUGAUAGUUAUCACAUUCCUACUGGAGAAAUUGCAUCUGUAAAAGGAACACCGUAUGAUUUCCUAAAACCGCACGCUGUUGGAAGAAAAAUACAUAUGUUAGAUCAUGGCUAUGACAUUAACUAUGCUCUUGAUGGUGAUUCGGGCGUCAAAUUGAUGCCGGCUGCGUUGGUGUAUGAUAAAAAGUCUGGAAGGGUGUUGCAGCUGUGGACAAAUGCUCCUGGUAUGCAGUUCUACACGAGCAACUUUCUCAAGGAUGUGAAGGGAAAAGGUGGAUUUGUGUAUCAGCCUCAUGCAGCUUUAUGUUUGGAGACUCAAGGUUUCCCUGAUGCAGUGAAUCAUCCCAAAUUCCCUUCAACAAUUGUGAGUCCUGGAAAGCCUUACAGUCAUCAGAUGCUGUUUAAGUUUUCAACCAAAUCCCCAUCUGCUUAGCCAUGGAUAAAGGUUAUGAUCUUUGUAUUUGGA